GUGUGUUGCCUUUCAUCUUCUUCAAAGAAUUAACAUCCAUCACCGUCUGCUCUUUCUUUAUUAUUUUCUUCCUUAAUACUUAUAUCUUUCUUCUGCUUCUGUGACAAAGACAAAACUGCUAUCCUCCAAAGAUCCACCUCUUUCUCUAAUCUGACCGGCGUUUUAGUCCCAAAAAUUGCUUCUAUGCCACCCAGUCGCCACCAGUUUCCCCACCGGAACCUCAAAAGAAUUUGUUUUCCAUCCAAUUAUCCUCAUGUGCAGAUCAAAAAGGAGCACAAGCAUAAUCCAAUCUCUAUCCCCAAAAUCACACCAUUCUUCUUUUGCAAACCCAUCAUCGUCUACGUCAUUAUCAUCAUCUUCUACCAAUUAUCCAGGUAAUAAUUACCCAUCAUCAUCAUCUUGCUCCUCAAGCUACACUAAUAACCAUUACAAGAACACUUCAAAGUCAUCAUCUUUCUCCAACAAACCAUCUCUCAAAAGCCUUAAAGCUUCUUUACCAGAGAAUCCAAACAUUUACAACUUCAGUGAAAUUUCCAAAGCCACAAACAACUUCCUCUCAAAACCCUUUUCUUCUUCUUCCUCUGCCACCUCUUGGCGCUGCCAUAUUCGCAAUAAAGAGGUGGUUCUUGUCCAGAGAAAGCUCCGCCGCGACCCCAUAGAAUUGCCUGAGCUGCAGCAGAGGUUAUCCACCAUCUGUAGAACUCAUCACAGUAGCUUGAUUAAGCUUUUGGGUGCUUCCACUUCAGGGAGUUAUGUAUAUCUUGUAUAUGAGUAUAUUCAUGGUGCUAACUUAUCUACUUGUCUGCGAAAUCCACAAAAUCCCAAUUACACAGUUUUGUCAAAUUGGGUAUCAAGAAUGCAAAUUGCAACAGAUAUAGCUCACGGGCUUGAUUAUAUACACCACUGUACAGAUCAAGAUUCAGUCUUUGUUCAUAACCAUAUAAAAAGUUCGAGUGUUAUAGUAUCUGAAGAUUCAUUAAAUGCAAAGAUUUGUCAUUUUGGGACGGCUGAGCUGUGUGGAGAAAUGGAGAAAUUGGAGGCGAAAAGUUUAACUAGGAGUAGUAGUAAAGGUAUGAAAAUUGAAGGGACAAGAGGGUACAUGGCGCCAGAGUUUCAAGCAAGUGGAGUUGUGACACAGAAAUCUGAUGUGUAUGCUUUCGGGGUGGUGGUUUUGGAGUUGGUUUCAGGAGAGGAGGCAUUGAGGUAUGUGUUUGAUGAAGGGAGUGGAGGGUUUAGGAGGGUUAGUGUGAUUGAAGGGGCGAAAAACGCGGUGGCUAGUGGUGGGAGUGGGGUGAGGAGUUGGGUAGAUAGGAGGUUGAGGGAUUCAUAUCCGGUGGAGGUGGCUGAGAAGAUGGUGUUAGUAGGGUUGGAAUGUGUGGAGGAACAACCGGAGAAGCGGCCGGAUAUGGAGCAGGUUGCUACUAGGGUGUCUAAGUUGUAUUUGGAAUCCAAGAAUUGGGCUGAGAAAAUUGGUGUGCCAAUUGAUUUUUCUGUAUCUAUGGCUCCUAGAUGAUAACAUGAUAAUGGCUGAUCAAUGGAUGAUUUUGUCGAUGGCUUCUAUUGCAUUUGGACUUAUCACUUGAAUUCUUUUUCUUUAUUAUUUUUUUUGAACUGCCAAAAUGGGGAGAGGGAGGACCAUAUGGGUUUUGCAGUGUUGUGGAAUGUGCCACUGCUACAUCUAAAGCUUAAGAUGGAGAACAAAUUGGUCAUCGCAAUACCAAUGUCGGAUCAAGAUCAAAUAGAGGAAACUCAAUCAAAGCGUAACCUAAGCGACUUUAUAGUAGGUAUAAAUGUUUCAAGAAUCAUCACAAGUCCUUAAGCUAUACGAUUUUAUAGACAUUCUUUUAUACAAAUGUAGAAAAUUUUGUUGAUUAUUGUAUAUGUUUUUAGUUGGUGUAUUUUGCUCUGUAGUUAGAUAUUAGCUGAUUGAGCUAGCAAAACAGAGGUUUAGAAGGGGCCAAGUAUAGAGCUAGAUGCCUACUUCUGAUAACUAGCUUGUCUCUGGCAAUUGUAAAGACUCUGCAACAUUGAGAAUUGAGUAGAGAGGAACAAUUGAAAAAAGAAGUUUAUUCAAGUUAGUCACACCUAGUUUGCUUGGCCAAGAAAAUAUAAACUUCUUCUGAUGAUUA